AUGUAAUAAAAAAUUGUGUUUGAUACCGACAGUUUGUCUCAGAUGUAAAUGUUGAUCCUUAUUGAGAUGUCCAGUAGAAUAGAGGGAAAGCUACAAACUACUAGGCUAGAAAUUAUAAGAGGCAAAGGACUUCGAGGAUAAAUUGCACCAUAUGAAUGACGAGGAUCACGAAUGGGAAAAACUGUAAAUACAAUUGGAUUGCACACCUCAUAACAUUAAGAAUAGCAAAUAUAUCAUCGGUACAAUGUUGAAAAAUCGAUUUAGUCAGACAUGCUUUGGCUUGGCAUAAUUACUUUAAAAGAGCAACAGAAUUCAGGGAUAGGAAUAUUUAUAGUUACGAAUUGAUGGAUCCUCCACUUCAUUACUUAGGCAAAAAAUAAUGCGAAAAGAUGAGACCCGAAAUCAAUCAGAUGGAAUUUGAUGUGGUUUAUAUUUCACCUCUAUUAAGGUAUUCAUCUAUUCUUAUUUCAAUUCAGAACUAUUCAAACAGCCUAGUUAUUGUUCUAGGAUCACCCUCAAAAGGAUUAAAUAAAGUUCAUCUUGUGUCCUCAUAUCAGCGAGAAAAUCAGCAGUUAAUAUUCGAUUUAUAAAUGGGGGAAUCUGACCAAUAUCCUAUAAGACGUAUAAUCUGAAACAUUUAAUUAGAAUAAUAGCCCGAUCAAAUUCGAUUUAAGUGAAUUACCAUUUGAAAAAGAAUUUUGGUAAUUUAUUUUAAUUGGAAAGUAAGAAAAAAUUUAAGGUUUAAAACCAUGCAAAGAAGACUAAGAACAAUUUUUAGUUAAUAAAUUUGUCAAAAACGGUUAAAAUAUCACUUUAGAAAAAACAAAACAUGCAGAAAAACGAGUGAAGGUAUUUUUAGAGAAACUCAAAAACAAUUAGACAAAAUCCAAAAUUGGAAUAGUCUCUCAUUCAUAAAUAAUUAAACUAAUUUUAUCUUAAACAAAUACAAUUGUAGAAACCAGAAUAAGAAAUGGAACAGUAAUAGGGAUCGAUAUUUGA